GGGAGAGAAUAUCUACACAGCACAGCUUCUCUCAUUGACUGUUCUGCUGCACCCAAUCAUGUCCUCAGUGUCACUCAGCUCUCAGCUGGACAAGGUUCAGCUGCAGCGCUACCUCGCCCUGCCCCAGGGUGGCCUGUGUCUGGUGACCUACGUCUGGAUUGAUCACACCGGAGAGCGUCUGUGCUGCAAGAAUCGAACACUGGAUUGUGAGCCCGGCAGCAUUGAGGAUAUCCCAGAGUGGAAUUUCGGCUGCCCCAUACACCAACCAGAGGGCUACAAAGGUGACAUGUACCUGAUCCCCGUGCGGAUGUUCCGGGACCCUUUCACCCGUGACCCCAACAAGCUGGUCCUCUGUGAGGUGCUCAACUGCUACCGCGAGCCUGCAGAGCAAAACACACGAUUCACCUGCAAUAAAGCAAUGGAGGCAGCACAGCAUUUUCAGCCUUGGUUUGGGAUGGAACAAGAGUACGUCCUGCAAGGCAUGGAUGGGCACCCCUACAGCUGGCCCCAGGGGGGGUUCCCAGGACCCCAGGGCCCAUACUUCUGCGGAGUGGGCGCGGGCAGGUCGUUUGGCCGAGACAUCGUGGACAGUCACUACAAGGCCUGCGUAUACGCUGGAGUGAAGAUCUUCGGUACCAACGCAGAAUGCAUGCCCUCUCAGUGGGAGUUCCAGGUGGGCACGUGUGAAGGUAUAGAGAUGCCGGACCACUUGUGGAUGGCUCGCUUCCUGCUGCACCGUGUUUGUGAAGACUUUGGGGUGAUCGCAAACCUGGACCCCAAACCCGUGCAGGGAGACUGGAGCGGGUCUGGUUGCCAUACCAACUUCAGUACAGAGGCCAUGAGAGAAGAGGGAGGGAUGAAAUUCAUAGAAGACGCCAUUGAGAAGCUGGAAAAGCGCCACGCCCACCAUAUCCGCUGCUACGACAUGCACGGUGGUGAGGACAACAAGCGCAGGUUGACGGGCGCCCACGAGACUGCCAGUAUCGACCAAUUCUCCGCGGGCACCGCGAAUAGAGGUGCCAGCAUCCGUAUCCCACGUCGCGUGGACAAGGACGGCCGGGGUUAUUUUGAGGACCGCCGCCCCGCUGCCAACUGCGACCCCUACGUGGUGACAGAGGCCAUCAUCCGUACCUGUCUGCUGGGGGAGAUUGACAGUGACUGAGGCUCUGUGGGAGUGGGGGGGGGGGAAGGGGACAGGAUAGCCAUACUAUAUUUCUCUAGGUGAACAGUUACUGACAACAUCACUGUAAAAGUACAAAUUGCCUUUUAAAAGUAAAAGGCUAUAGUUUACAGACAUGCAAAAAUUUGGGCACCCCUUGUCAAAAGGUUGUUCCCUCUUUUAAUAUCUUGGUGAAUAGAAGCAAACUUGACCUCUAAAUGGUACAAAGUUAAACAUCACACAUUUUCAUAGCCCAAUCCAUUUCUUGCUCAUAAUAUGGUUGGUUAGCUAAAGUGAAAACUAUAUAAAAUAUAAAUAACAGAAGUGCAUAUUCUUAUUUUGU